AUGUGGAGGACAGGCGACGCCUCGGCUCCCACCGCAGUCAUGGGAAGGUCGGCCAAGUUCUACAAGAAGCCCACGCUCAAGGAAAAGCAGUCGGCCGCAAAGUCCAGCCACGCCUCGCCAGCGGCAAAGCACCGCUCCUCGGCCUUUUCCACAAACGACGCAGCCGCAGCAAAGACGGCGGCCGCAGUCACCGCAAGCGCAUCCAGGGAGGCAUCCAAAUCGGCACAGCGGAUAUCCCAAAAGGUCAAGGAGCGGCGCGAUGCCGAGCUGGCCGCCAAGCCCAAGUUCGGACAGCUGACGGCGUCCAAUGCAGCCAAGCGAGGUGCGGCGACAGCCUCGCACCACGAGGACGACGUGGACGACGACGGUGACGAAGAUGAUCAGGAGGAUGAUAUGAUGGACGACGGCGAGGAGGUCAUCAAGCGUAGACCCAGGAAUCGCAACCGCAAGGACUGGGGGCCGAUGCCAAAGGACCUCGGCGUCGACUACGUCAAGCUGUGGGACAACCGCUCAAAGUGA